AUGGCGCCUAUUCGCACGAAAGCAGCAGCGCUCCAGACGCCGCCUCAGGCGCACUAUUCCAAUGCUACGAACGCCGGCCAGGCCCCGGCUAUCCCGUCUAUCCGGUUGAUUUCUGCGACGCCCUCGGCGACGGGGAUGUCCUCGAGCGAGGGUACCACCUCGAACACGUCCAUGUCCCUGCUCGACGGUCCCACCAACACGAACGGCCGUCCAGUCAUGCCGUGGGAUCUUGAUCCGCCGCCCCUCCCCACGUCCACACAGACCUCCGCCUCCCUCGCUAAAUCCAUCUCCAACUCCACCUCCGCCUCGAACAGCGGUACGAAGAAGCUGCGCACCGUCCGCUCGGUGCUCAAGCCGAAAGUGAACGACGAGAAUGCGGGUGUGGGUGUGCAGGGUUCGGCGAAGAAGGUGGUUGUGCCGAAGAAGAGCAAGUUGGGGCUGCUUGGGACCCUGGGUGGGAAGGAUAGGGAGAGGGAGAGGGGGAAGGAUUUGAGUGAUGUUGUGAGGAGGGUGGGGGUGGGCAAGUUGGAUGGCUCGACGAGGCUGGCGACUGUUUCGCUCAAUAAUGGGUCUUCGGUCACCCUCGAACGCGGCCCGUCGUCUGCUACUACGCCCAACACCCCGUCGCUCCCCCGCGCAUCGACGACGGCGACGAUGAAGAAGACGCCAGCUGGCACUGUUGCGCGCCGAGCCGCGGACGGUAAAGCUAGCUCUGCCAAGCUGAAAGCUGGCUUCGAGAUCUACGUCGACCCUAGCUUCGAAGACGAGGAGAUUGGAGAGAUUGUGGUUGUCAAGAAGAAGAAGAGUCGCGCUGGGUUGGACGGUGUUGGGUGGGGUGCGCCUCCGGCUGGUGCGGAUAAACCUGUCCCGCCUGUCCCGAGGAGUACGCUGGGAGAGAGGAAUAUGAAUAUCCCUGCCGCUGGAGGAGAGGAUGGGAUGUUGAAGGUGAAGGAGGAUGAGAGGAAGUGGUGGAGUAUUGGACGUGGACGUAAGGAUUCGAAGGAGGAUAAGAAGAAGGAUAAUGAGAAAGCCACCAUCGCACCCCGCUCGCAAACGCCCGAGCCAUUCGGAGGCUUCAACUCCUCCAACACAAGCCCACAAAAGGCCGAAGGCCGAGGGCGCUUCAACUCGCUCGACGCCGGCAUCUUCCUCGGCCUCACCUCCAAGAAAUCGACGGCGAGCUUUAACCCUUCUUCGUCGGCCACCGCCAUUGCUGAGACGCCGACGAUCCGCAUUAACGACUUGCCUGAGCGUGAGGCUCCUGCGUCUAUUGGGCGUGAGAGGUCCAAGUCGGUUACGCUUGGUGGGUUGCUUGCGGUUCCUGGGUCGACUGGGUCCGUUCGUGGUGCCAAUACGAAUGCGAGCAAUACGGGUUCGGUGAGGAGUUUGGGAGGGCAGGCUGGUUCUGUUUCGGCUGUGCCGCCUUCGGUUGCGAGGAGUAUGAGUACGGGUAGUGGGAGUGGGGGGUUGGCUGUGCCGGUGGACCCGCAUAUGCCUAGUGGUGGCGCUUCGGGAGGAGGAGGGAGUAUUGCGCUUAGAGCGAUGAGGAGUGUGAAGAGUCUUGCUAGGAUUGGGAGUUGGGCGCAGCUUGGUUCUGGGGGUGGGGAAGGUGUUAGUGUGCGAGGAGGGAGUAAGUUGAGAGGGGAGCUUGAUCCGUCGUUGUUUGUUGCUCCUGACGAUGCUGGUACCACCACUGCUACCUCGAACGCCAACGCCAAUGCCAAUGGGGCCAAGAAGGAGAAGCGAAAGUCGAAGAAGGAGACGAAGGAGGAGAAGAGGGAGAGGAAGGAGAGGGAGAAGGAGGAGAAGAUGAGGGAGAAGGAGAGUCGGGAACGAGCGCUUUCGACCUCGAGCUUUGAAGCUGGUGCCCUCAGCUCUUAUGGAGCUAGUCCCGCCCCUGUUAGGUGUGCGACGAGUCUCGGGUUCACCGGAUCCCCCGCGUCCUAUGGCUCUGUGCGUGGUACGAGUCCUACUGCAUAUGGGAGCAUCCGCGAACGAGCGCAGUCGUCGCUUGGGUUCCAUGUUAAUGGUGGUGGUGUGGAUGAUGGAGCGGUUUCGCCGACGUCGACGUUGGGCUUUGCGACUGCUGGUUCGCCGAGGGGGUAUACUAUUACGGAUUCGAAUGCUCCGAUUGGGUAUGAUGCGAAUACGGGGAGUUUGACUGUGGGCAAGGUGAAGGGGAAGAAGAAGAAGGCGUACCUUGCGAGUGGGAGUGGGAAUGAUGGGAAGGCUGGUGUGGGUGUGGGGGAGACCACAACGAUCGGCAAGAGCGCUACUAUCGGAAGGAGUGCUGGCAAAGACACCAUCGGCAAAGCUUCGUCCAACAACAAGGAUAAAGAUACGAUUGGGAAGAAAAAGUCGAUCCUUGGAUUGGGUCUUCCUUCGUCUAUCCGUCUUCCGUCGCUUGGGAAUCGGCAGGGUAGUUCGGCUUCGUCGGUUGUUUCGAACCCUGGGAUGCAGUUUGGUGGGAUGGUCGUUCCGCCUGCUGCGGCCGGUGCUGGAAGACUUAGUGUGGACAGUGGACGAGCGAGCGUAGAUGCGAAUGGCCGCCUCUCCGUCGAAGGCCUUGGAGCUGUUGGUGUUGAAAGACGCGCGAGUGUUCAGAGUACGGCUAGUUCGCUUCGGCCGGUUUCGGUUGCUAGCUCGUAUGGUUCGCGAGUGUCGAGCUUUGGUGCUUCGUCUGUUGCUGAUUCGAGGCUUUCGGCUGUUGAUUCCACCGGUCGUCUCUCAGCUGUUUCGGGAGUUGAUUCCACUGGUCGUCUCUCAGUGGCUUCAGGAGUUGAUUCGACGGGCAGGCUUAGUGUCGAUUCGAGGGCUACGAAGUUGUCGAUUGGUGCGGGGAGUGUGAGGUGGAGCGAGGGUGUGUUGGAGCGGGAGAAGGAGAAGGAGGAGAGGAGGCGGGAGUCGCUUGAGGCUGCUCAGCAUGCGAAUGCGAGUUAUAGUGUGUUGGAGGAGAGGGAGGGGUAUGCUGUUGUGGAUAGGAAGGAUGGGUCGGGUGUUGGUGUUGGUGGUGGGAAGAGGGAGAGCUUGGAAAGUAGGAGGGAGAGUAGGGAGAGUAGGAGGAGUUCGGAGGGGCGUAGAAGGGCUGCGCUUACUGAUGUUUUCCCUGAGGUUGAGAGUCAAAUUAGAGCUGGUUCGUCGAGGAGGAGUAGUGCGUCUGGUCUGGACUCGAAGCGAUCCUCCGCUCAACACCAAUUCCGCUAUCCGAUCCUCACCAUCGAAGAAGCUACGAACGACGGACACGGGUUCGUCGAUGGGCCGGUGUAUGAUUCUGAGGACGAUGUUCGCCGUCGGUACCGGUACUCUGAUGAUACCGAAGCCCGACGCAAGUGGCGGUACGCGGAUGAGGAUGAUGAGGUGUAUGAGGAGGAGACGAGUAAGGAUAGUGCGGCGACUGCUACGCCUGUGAAGAAGGCGCGUCCUAGGCCGAAGAGUGAGCAGUUGCUUGGACGGAGUCGGACGCUUGGGAGGCCGAAGGGUGUUUAUGAGGAUGAAGAUGGCGUUCUGUCUGUUUUGUCGGCUGCUACGAAUGACCUUGAGAAGCUCAUUAAUAAUCUCGAUCUUGAGGCUACGCCCGCCACGCCGGAUAUGACUCCUCUCAAGCCCAGCGCUUCGCCGUUCUCGAGUGAGCCUAGCUCUGCUCGUACCAGUAUCUUCGAGAGCAACUCCAAACCCAAACCGAAAUCGACCUCGCAGAAGAUCAAGGAGAUGUGCAACGCCAGUCCGACCGCGAAGAAAUCGAUCGGUGCUUCGUCUAUUCUUUCCACUGGAACGCUUGGGGCUGGUGGUGUCAAGGCUAUCGUUGCCAAGCUUAAUGCUGAGCAACAACAACAACAGCAGCAGCUUGCGCAAGGAACGAUUAGGAAGUCGAGUACCAGCUCGUUGUUGAGUGCUAGGUCGAGUAUGAGUUCAUUGACGAGUUUGAGGCCGUAUGCGCAGAGUCGGAGUCGGGUUUGUGGUGGAGAGAAGGAGAAGGAGAGGGAGGUGAAGGGUAGUUUGGGCCCGGUUGAGGAGAGGACGUUUGAGGAUUCGAUGGUUACUUCCGACGCGUCUAUGAAGGCUUUGGCUGGUUCUACCAAGGCUACGACGCCGACUGCUUCGACGUUCACUAUUCCUUCGAUGGGCAGCAUGUCGCCUGAGACCUCGAGGAGCCCGUCGUUCUUCGUCAAGACACAUAGGAGGACGAUGACGCCUGCUCCGGAGCCUGAGCCUGCGCCUGUGUUCCAGCCGUUGAGGCCUGCGCCUGUGGCUGGGCGGAAGGUGUCGGGUGCUUCGACUACCUCUGCUGCUGCUGCCGCCUCUGCUACCAAGUCUUCCGUUGCUGCUGCCACCCUCGGCUCGAGCGCGACUGCUACCGCCAACGACCGUCUCUCCGUCCGACCUCUCGAGAUUAAGAAGCACAAGUUGUCGAGGGAGAGUCCGAUCCGCGUCAAGGAUGCGUUCUGCGAUGAUUCGGGUAGCGAGGACGAGGAGAGGUUUAAGACUGUUCGCGGGUUGGGUGCAGGUAUGGGCACCGUGAAGGGGUUGAACAUCACCAAGCGGGCUUCGACUGCUUCUAGUAUCGGUCUUUUCGCUCCUACCACCGACGCCAACGGCAAGCGCCUCUCCACCUCUUCCCGUCUCACCUUUGACGACAAGCGCGACGACCAAGUCGAGGAAGGGCGUGUUCCCAUUACACGUGAAGCUCGACGGAUCCUUGGGAUGUCGGGUACGAUGGGCGGGUCGGAUGUCAGUGCCUACCAAGUGGAGAUCGAUGAGUCUGAUCCUGAUUCGGACGUCCCUGAGGAGUUGAGGUAUAUCCUCCGCAAGGACCGGAUUGGUGCGAAGGAGCAGCAGCCUAGUUCGUGGAGGAAUGGGCAGGUGUUUGUUGAUCCCGAGGACGAGGAGGAGGAGGAUGUGAUGGAUGAUGAUGUUGUAUUGAAGGAUGGGAAGCCGUUGAGGUAUGAGAGUGAUGAGGAGGAUGAGGACGAGAAUGGGCGUCUGGAGGUUACGGAGGAUAUGACGAUGGAUAUUGUGGAAGUUGGGAGGAAUGCGCCUGUUCAGCAACGGGGUGUUUCGCCUCUGUUUGAUGUUUUCCCGGUCCCGCCCACUGUCACUUCGAACGUCAAGAAGUUGAAUAUCGACACCAGCCUCGCUGUGUCUUCGUUGGGUGCUGUACCUAUGCAUGAUGCUGAUGUUCCCACCUCCGCUGCGCUUGGGAAUAGCUUGAGCAGUGUGUUGGGGAGCAGUGCUGCGAGUGCUGCCACCGCCGAGAUCCACCAAGCGAGCCGCGAGCGUUUGCCAGUCUUCAAAGCCCAGCUCGUCUCUGACUCGAGCGGUCUCCCCACCCCUCCACCUUCCGCGUUCCAAUUCAACACCAACCACAUCCUCGACGAGAACUACCUCAACGCUUCGUACUCGUCUUCCUCUUCUGACGGCCACUGCGGUGUCAACGACAACGAUACCAAGCGAUCCUUUGAUUUCACGGGCGAGUUGGCCAAACUCAACGAGAGUGGUGCGAGUGAUAGGAGGAGUUUUGUGGAGCAGUUGGAGAGUGCGUUCAAGACGCCUGCCAAGCUUGGUUCUGAGCUUUUCAAGAUUGGGUUUGGGAUUGAUGUGGAUGUGCCGCCUGUUCCUAGUUUGCCGGCCAAGAGGGAGGAGGAGAGUGUUGAGGAGAGUAUGGAGGAUGAUGAUGAUGAGGAAGAGAGUGUUGAGCAGGAGGUGAGCGGUGUUACCCCUGUUGGAGGUGUUUCUGGGUUCCUUGCGGAUGGGGAGGAUGAGUCGAGGAGUCGGGCGAGGUUGAGUGUGUCGGAUCUUGGUCCUAUCCCUGUCGACCUUUCUGCUACUUCCAACUCGUCGCUCGAGGUUCCGGACCUCCAUAGCAAGGAUUCGCUGUUCUCUGUUCGAUCCAAGGCUUCCGCCCAGAGCAAGAUGUCGACUUCGGCUUCGUCCAAGAGGAGUACCGCUAGCCGUGUGUCGGACGGGGAGUUGAAUAGGUCGUUCAGGUUUGGAGGUGUUUCGUCUGCGUCGCCUAGUCCUGUCAAGGGUGACGAGGAGAAGGAAGAAGAGCAAGUCCCGCGCACGCUUUCUGAUAUUAUCCCUCCCCCUUCCCACGUCCGCGAGAUCUCGUUCUCGAGCUCGUGGCUUGACCAGCAUGAAGACUCUGCUCUUAGGUCCAUCCUCGCCAAGGUCCCCGAUGCGCCCCAGCACGUCGAUGAAGAUGAACCCGACUUUGCCACUGGACAGCCGAUUCCUCGACCUGCCAAGCCGGAGAUGGAAGGCAACAACAACCGAGAGUCGAAGAGGAUUUCGUUCGUUCCUCUCACUCGACCUUCCUCUGGCAUCAGCUUUGCCGGCAUGGACUCGUUCGACGAGGUUCGACGAGGUUUCGAGUUCCACGACUACCGACCUGCGUUCUACCCUCCCCCUCCUGCCAUGCCGACUGGUGGACCUUCGGCUUACCGAUAUGGCCAUCGCAAGGCUCAAGAGUCCGUUUGGAGCAUCGCCAGCGUUUCCUCCUACGGCCGUGUUCUGAGGGACGGUGCCCCUGAUCCGUUCGACUAUGGGAUGCCGCCGCCUCUUCCACCCCUCCCACCUAUGCCAAGCUUGAGGGAGAGCACGAGGGAGACUCAGAGCUACCCCAUGAGCGACGACGACUCGAUGGACGCCCAGUUCCUUGCCUACACCCAGGUCAACCCUGACAUGCACCCCCGAAUGCUCCUCGACGACGACGAGUCUGAGCGCACUUUCGACUGCACCCUCGACGAUACCUUCCACAAUAUUCGAAACCGCCACUUUGGAGGCCUACGCAAGCGCGUCGAUAGCGAUGCUAGCAGCUUCUACUUCCGCAAUCACCACCAAGGCCAUCGUCGUCGCGAGUCCAACUUUUCGGUUUCGUCGAUUAGUGCGCCGCCUGUUAGUAUGUUCACUCGUGGACACCACAGGAGGACGUCGUCGGUAACGAGCGCGAGUUCGGUUGCGCUUUCGUAUAUGCACCACGGUGCUAUGGGCGGACGUGCGAUCAUGGCCAGGCACAGGAGGGAGAGCUCGAUGGACUCGAUGAUGAGUGAGCAUGGAGGCUACUCGAGGGAUUCGAUGGGGUCGUUCAGGAAUAUGGCUCGGCCUGGGCUGGGAGACAAGAUGUUUGAGACGGCUGGAGGGUACUUGGAUGCUAUCGCUGGCAGCCCCAGUGGUAGUAUUAGUGGAUCCGACCUUGGCCACCUCUCCGCCCCCGGUGUUGGCGAUCGCACCUCUGGCAGCUCCUACGACUACUACGAUUCGAUCAUGGAUGGCGAUGAUGAUGGGCGGAGGGUGACUGUUUCCUCGUACGAGUAUAGCGAGGAGAGGCCGACGUCUUCGUUGAUGGAGGAUUCGCUGUUCGACAAGACGGGUGUUGAAAAGUCGGAGAUGUCGAGCGGAUGUGUGUUUGAGGACUCGAGGGUGUAUCCAAAGGAAGCUGGUUACCGGCUUGUGUACCCCCGUCUCUCUGAGAUUUACGACUUUGGCAGCACAGAUGGCGAUAGUACCAAAAGCCGUAUUAGCAUUGCCAACCCUGACGACACGAUGAUCACCAUGAUCGGAGGUGGCCACGUUCGACGACAGUCUGUUGGAUCGGCUUUCAACGCGUCGCCUUGCGUCCGUGCUGAGAAGAGGAGGCCUCGUCGUCCCCGUGGUAAUGCUCGUGUCUACCAGGGGACCCAGCUCGUUAGGACCGACUCUGAAGGCAACGAAAUCCCCUCACCCAAGAAGGAGCAGAUGCCCAGUCUCGUUGAGAAGCCGUCCAUCGCCUCCACCUCGUCCUUCCAGUUCGGCGAGGAGAAGAUGAUCAGAGUACAACGUGGAGUGUUCUCGAGGCCCAGUUUGGAGGACAGCUGCUUGGUUGGCGAAGGAGAGGACACCAGUCAUUCAUUCUGUGCUGUUCCAGUAUUCAGUCGACCUACCCGUGCCAACCGCUCCCGCUCGAGCACGACCUCGACAUGCACCACGUCAUCGGAAAGCUCAGCGGGUGACACGACCCCGCCGUUGUCCCCUGGACCUUCCUCGGCUGGCGGAUCGAUGUCCAGCAUUGACCUCUUCGAACUCAAUAACAUGCUUGCCAAUGCGAACCCCACCAACCCCGUCUCUUCGCUGGCCGCUGCGAGGAACAGGGCUCGCACUGGAACUGGCCAUCGACGACGGUACUCCAAGGCACAAAGGAUGUCAAUCUCUCGGGGAUCCAUCUAUGAGACGAUCGAAGAAGAGUCGAAUGCCUCGUCCUCUGAGGCUGACACCCCGGACCGCUCUCUCACUGCUUCCCUCACCAAGAAGCUCGCCGCUGCCUCCAACGAGGAGUCCACCGCCGUCUACGUUGUCGAGUCCGACACCCAGUCCAUCCAGAGCCUCAGCCUUGACCAAGACGAGCAGAGCUGGGAUGAUGAGCGCGGCAUCGUUGCUUUGAGAAAAUUCUACACCCUCAAAGACGAGGCCCACGAUACCGUCCAGGAGAGUCAACGUGUGUGGCCGGAUACUCCUUUCUCCGUCUACGCUCUUCAAUCGUUUGCCCCGCCACGUCAUCCAGAUGCCAUGAAGGCCAUGCUUGAGCACUCGGUUCGCACUUACGGCCCCCUCCCUGCUGAGCUCCGUCGCAUCAGGUCGAGGAAGGAUUCGAGGCCGUCACCGUACCCCCAGACUCGGGUCUUUACUUCGAUGCCCACUGCACCUCCAAUGCCGCCGCCAGCAAUGCCUACACCACCGACCUUUACCGCCAAGACCUCCUCUGCUCCGACUCCCGUCCUGCAAGAACGCAAGAUCAACAAGAACAUCCUCGGCGCAUCACCUGCUCCCAACAAGCCCGUGUUGGACGCUAUCAAGCCGUUCUCGCCGUUCGUCGUUCACGUUGGAGGGGACGAUUCGCCUGUGCCGGAUAUGAAGAAGAUGAGCACUGGAAGUGGCAAUGGAUCCUUCGUUCGCCCUCGUGUUCCGUCUGCGGUUCGUCGCUCUGCGCUUGGUUGGACGAAGAGGAGUAAUGGAGCGAAGGCUUCUACGGAUAAGAAAGAGAACAAGGAGAACGCUGUUGGUCAAGGGCUUGUCUCGACACCGGGCGACAACCUUCGAAUCAACAGACCCCGUCCUCGAGGACGCACUCCUGGAUCUCAGGCCCGCCCCAUUCGCGUCUAG